CGCCCCGCCCCUCGCCGCCACCGCGCCGGCCGCUGUCAGCUCCUCGAGCGGAGCAGCCGUGUAUGCUGAGUAGCUGCCGCCGCCAGCUGCUGCACUUCCUGGGCCUAGGCUUUCUGCUGCGGACCCGCCGGCCUCUGCUCUCCCUUCCCCGCCUCAUGAAGCCGCUGGUCGUGUUCGUCCUCGGCGGUCCCGGCGCUGGCAAGGGAACCCAGUGCGCCCGUAUCGUCGAGAAAUAUGGUUACACACACCUUUCUGCAGGAGAACUGCUUCGUGAUGAAAGGAACAACCCAGAUUCACAGUAUGGUGAACUGAUUGAAAAGUACAUUAAAGAAGGAAGGAUUGUGCCUGUUGAGAUAACCAUUAGUUUAUUAAAGAGGGAAAUGGAUCAGACAAUGGCUGCCAACGCUCACAAGAACAAAUUCUUAAUUGACGGAUUUCCAAGAAAUCAAGACAACCUUCAAGGUUGGAACAAGACCAUGGAUGGGAAGGCAGAUGUGUCUUUUGUUCUGUUUUUUGACUGUAAUAAUGAGAUCUGUAUUGAAAGAUGUCUUGAGAGAGGAAAGAGUAGUGGCAGGAGUGAUGACAACAGAGAGAGCUUGGAAAAGAGAAUUCAGACUUAUCUUCAAUCAACAAAGCCAAUUAUUGACUUAUAUGAAGAAAUGGGGAAAGUCAAGAAAAUAGAUGCCUCUAAAUCUGUUGAUGAAGUUUUUGAUGAAGUUGUGAAAAUUUUUGACAAAGAAGGCUAACUCUAAACCUGGAGGCCUUGUUGAAAUCAUGCUUGAAUAUUGCUUUGAUAGCUGCUAUCACAAAUUCUUUUGAAGGCAAUUUUAAUCUUUCAAAAUUACAUCUCAAAUUAAUGGCUGGAAAGUGUUAUAGUUAAAGGCAAAUUAAAUUUUUAUGUUCAUUUUAUUUUGGUUACAGGACUAGACAGUGAAUUCAGGUUUAACUUAGUUAUGGUGCUCACAAAACAAAGAAGGAUAUCAGCUAGUCCUUUGUUUUUAUUCAAAGAAGAAUAUCCCUUUUAUAGUCUGUGCCUUCUGUGAGCAGGCUUUUUAAAUAUGCAUGUUUAGUAAUUACUACAUGUUACAAUUUAGGAUUCCCACUUCCUGUUUUCUUGCAGGUUUUAAAUUUCCAAUCUGUUCAGUAAAUUUGUGGACCAAAUUUCAAAGGGACUCUUUAGUCAGACCUUGUACAGUGUGCUUAGUAAUUAAACUCAUAAAUGGAUUCCUACCAGUGUUUUAAGAUUUAUCAAAUAACUGACCAUUUGCUAUAGAAAGGUAAGAAAGUUUAGGCUUUGUUUUAUUAUAACUUGUACAGAGUUGUAUGACAGAGCAUAUUCUUUGCUUCCAGGAAUUGGAUUGGGAUCCUGGGGGUUCAGAGCCUGGCAGAGUUAUCAGCUUUAUUCUGAUAUAAUCUGAGUAUGGGGCAAGGUCCACUUCUAAUGGCUUGUGUUCCUUGUGUUCUGUGAUGUCGUGUUCAUGAUCAAAUGGAGCUUACCAAAAUUCCCGAUGGUGGAACCUUGACAUGCCAUGUUCUAAGUUAAUGCUAACGCAGUUCAGUUCACAUUUUAGUUAACUCUUCAAGGUUUGUGUUUGUAGUCUAUACUCAAUGUAGGGCUAGGGAAAAUUAGAAGAAGCAAUCUAAAGGUUAAAGCUCCCAUUUACAUUUUAUUUUCUUGAGUACUUUUGCAUAGAUUUUUGUUGAAGAAAAUUUAAAAAUCAUUGCACUUUGAUCAGAAAAAUAAUAAAUAUAUCUUAUAUGUCUGAUUCCCUUCUUUGCUUCUUUUAUUCAGUAAGUUAUUUUUGGCAUCAUGCUGAAGCAUUGAAAGGUACAAAGUUUUUAAAAGGUUGUAAAGUCUGAAGGAGUUUUCUUUUACAUUCUUCCUUUCAAAUUUCUGAGAAAGUUUUUUGUUUUCCCUCUAAUGCUAAGUGACAUCCGAGGUUGUUAAUAGGAAAUUUCUGAAAAUGUUUUUCAUUUUCAGCAUUUGCAGUGCUUGGUACACAGGGUUAAAUAGGGCAAAGGAUUUUGUCCUUGUAUAAUUAGAUUUUAUAUUUAGAAUAAUUGGGAAUAAUAAGGACAAAUUAAUUGAUAUUCUUACAUUUGUAGCAGUCAUUUAUUUCUGUGUUAGGAAUUUUGCUUAUAUAUGAUAAAUUUCUCAUCUUUCCAUGAGAAAAAAGAUACUCCUGAGUACUGCAACAUGCUGGCCACCGAAAUUUGUGUUGAUGAUCUGAGUUCUUGGAAAGGUUGUAAUGAGUUCUUAGUGCAGUGUUGCAGUCCACCCGGUGCAGAUAGGUUUUAUUGGUGAUGAGUCAAACAGCUGCAACAUGAAGCAAGCGUAAAGAUGAAGGUUUUGAGAGCAUUCCUACUCACAUAAGUAAGGAAAUCUGUCAAAUGUGAGUCUAAAUAUUUAUACUGAUGUGAGAAUAACCUUCACAUUUUGAAGAAGACUGCUGGUACUAGGUGCUUUCAUCAGAUAGACCAGAAACCAAGAAACAAGGUAAUUACUAAAUUACAAGGCUUUGUUUUGUGUUUGCUUUUAAGUAGAAAAACCUGUUGGCAAUAUUGAACGUUGCAGUUGAUUGAGAUACAUCUGACUUUGUUAGUUUGGUCAUUCCAUUUGUUAAAGAUACAGUCACUAAGAAGUUUUUGAGUUUUUCAUGAUAGAACCUUCUUUGAUUAUUGCCAUUUAAAAAAAUUAAAAGUUAACAUUAUUUCUUUUCAGUGAUGUUGGAUGUAUAUGGAUUAUUUAGUAAAUAUCAAUAAA